AUGUCAUCUGACAAAACAAAGCGCUCCAAGUCCUUCACCGGGUGUUUCACGUGCCGCUCACGGAAAAUCCGUUGCGACUUGCAGAAGCCGUUCUGCCAGCGGUGCCAGAAGGCCGGGUUCGCAUGUGGUGGCUACGACGUGAAGCUUCGGUGGUCGCACCCGCUCCAAUUCGACAAGAUGGCGAACCAGAUUGUGUCGCAAGGUCUGCCGGCACCGCCUCCAAACGACGGCGAGUACUUCCAGCGACGCAACGUGGAGUUUGUCACGUAUGACAAGGAGUAUGAGUACUACGAGGACAUGGAUCAAGAUUUAGCAAAGCUCCAUAAUGCGGUGCUUCCUGACUCACAAACCGCGAUGGCGGGCCCGUUCGGCGUGUUCAAGGGCCUGGAGGACCCCACUAAGAAGCGGAAGGAGAAACCAUACCGCAAAAAGCGCAAGAUGUCCACCGAAUCUCCUAAACGCAAAAUGCCCUACACGCCGCCCGCGUUUUACCCGCCGCAGCCCAACCCGCUCUUCGAAUCGCUCCCUAGCCUCCCGGGACACGAGUGGUUGGCGCAGGAAUUGCGCGACGACGCAAUUCUCUCGGCGGCGGCGAUGAACGGGGGGCUCGACUUUCUCGACUUUCUUUACCCAGAAAAGCCGCCUGUCAGCCACUUCAACUACGGUGGUGGCAACAUCCUCAACGAUAACGUCAGCACAAACAACAUUCCGGUGCUUGAUCUCUACAGCAAAAAGACGUCGCUCAACGAAGACGAAAUCCUCAACUUGCUCUUCCACAAAAGUAACAGCUACCAGGACGUCAGCCACUGGAACUCGCAGUUGGGUGUCAGCGGCAACGGCUACGAACAGCCGUCAAAACCGGCUCCAGUACGCACACCACCCGUUAGCACGGCGUCAACCUCCACCGAGAUCGACAACGACAUCCACUUGCACGCCUCUGGCAUCACGGAGAUGCCCGUAGACAUCAUGCAGGUUGUCACGCUACCUCCGCUGCAAGACAUGCCGCAGGGUCUUGCACUCGCAUCGUACCCGUUACCUACAACCACACUCCAGAUCACGCCCCUCACACGCUACCUUCUCAAGUACUACCUCGACCAUGUGGCAGACUUGAUGACAGUGAUCCCGCUUCUGAACAAUCCCUGGAAAAACAUCUACUUCCCGCGAGCGUUGAGCGCGAUCGGCGACCUCGCAGCCAUCGGGCGUACCAGUAACGCGAAAGGCGCGCUCUUGUGCGCGCUCUUGGCCGUCUCCGCCUUCUAUCUCCAGGGCCGCUUUGUCAAGCACUCGCCGCAGAUGAAGUACUAUCUCCAGCUCGGUAUCCAACUCCGCCAGCAGGCCACGGUCUUCUUGCGCAAGUGCUUGACGUCACCCUCGCCGCUCCAAACAGAAAAGUAUAAGGAUGUGUUAAUGGGAAUCUUGUCGAUGGUCACGGUGGAUACCGUGUGGGGUACCAUGUCUGACUGUCGCUUCUACCUCGCAUACGCGCAGGGCAUGAUCGGCAUCAAGGUGCGGGACAAGAAGCUUCGGAAUAAGACCAUGUCACGCAAGGCGCGCGUGUUACACCGCAUCUUCAGCUGCUUGAAGUUGAUCCAGGAUAGCACGGCCCUUGAGAGCUAUGUGUCGCCCAUGUUUCCCGGUUUGUCGCAGAAGGACUCCAAGGACAUGGAGGAGAUCGAUGAGGAUGUAUUGUAUGGGAGCAAGAAUGAGCGGAAGAAGGUGCAUCUCGAGUUUAUCGAAAAACUGAGCAGCACCGAGCCGCUCUUUGGGAGCGUUCCGGUAGAGCCUUCAUUUAUGGACAGAAAAGUGAAUAACGACAAAAAUUCUGAAGAAAAUUUCACCACUGAUGCGUUGUAUGGCUUGCCAAACUCGCUCAUCUUCCUCUUUGCCGAGAUUUGCAAGCUCUCGAAGCAAAAGAUGAAGUACAACAAGAUCAACGAAAACCCGCCCGAAGAGUUUCAUGAGAAGUUGGCCACGGUGGAGAAGCGCUUGAUGCACUGGCUGUUGGACUGGAAGCUCUUUGAUAACGAAUCGUCCACCGCCUCGACCCCUAUGUCUGUCUCAACCACCCCGUUGCUCAAGGCGACGGAGGGCAAGUUCAUCUCGCUGAUGCAUGAAGCCGUCUACCACCACAUCAUGUCCUUCUACCACGCACUCAUUAUCUUCCACUAUCGCUUGUUGCGUCCGCACACGCCCAUCAACUUGCAGCCGCACGUCCUGGAAACGUUGUCGCACUUGAACUCUAUCCAGCGCCUCGUGGAGCUGAAGCAGUCGAACAUCAUCCCGUUGUUCUGGCAGGGUUUUAUCGCCGGCUGUGAGGCCCUCGACCAGAACUUGCAGCUCGGGUUCAAGACCUGGGGCGCGAGUAUCGCGGGUAGUGGGGUGGGGAGUUACUGGGGAGCGAGGCAAAUCAUGUUGGAGGUCUGGCGCCGUCGCGCGAAGGGCGAGAGAGGAGACGGUUGGGUGAAUGUUGUGAGGGAGUGGGAAAUGAAUUUGAUGUUGAGCUAG